GGUGCAAUCUCAACGCGAUCACAGAAAAUCAUGCCGCGUCGCCCUAUAAACUGCCGACGUAUUCACCCAUUUUCUUGUUCCCAAUUGUCCAGCCGCCUCGGCGACAUGAUUUCCAAUAGGCCUUGGUGCAUUGCCGAGCAUUGGGACUCUAGCGCCACUAUACCCGCCGUGGAUGGGGAUGCGGUCGACGACCGGUCCUUUGCUUCGGUUGUAAAUGAGGAUUCGCUGUCCACCGUUCCCAUGUGUGAGCUCAGCGAAUGUUACCAUAACUCCAAGGAGGAGCUGUCCUUUGGAUUUUAUCUCAAUUCCAGGCUGCCACCUGUAGACGACAUAGCCCCGUUCAGUCCAUUGUACGCUAGUUCUCCGCGUCCACUACUGGACGAAGUCGUGGAAAAAGCGCGCCAUGUUGAAGCUGGAACACAGUGUUUAUCAGCGCUUACGACGUCCCCCCCACCAACGUUAUCGCUUCUAGGAGCGACGGAUAGCUUUCUUGCCGAUAAAACUGCCAUUGAAUUCCCCACACCACCCUGUCUUUCUUUCUAUGGUUGA